AUGAAUAAGAGUUUUCAAGCUAUUGUGACUGAGGCGGGUGGGUUUGAGAAUGUACCAUUUGGAGAAAAAGAUUGUCGUAACUAUAUUGAUAAGGCACGACACCUGCGUCUUGGUAAAGGUGGUGCUCAAGCAUUGCUAGAAUAUUUUAGAAUGAUGCAAUAUAAGAAUGAUGGAUUUUUCAGCAUCAUGGAGGUGGAUGAGGAGGAUAGGAUGAGAAAUGUGUUUUGGGCAGAUGCCCGUAGUAGAAGGGCCUAUAACUAUUUUGGAGAUGUGGUAACAUUUGAUACCACAUACCUGACAAAUAGGUAUGGCAUGCCAUUUGCACCUUUCGUGGGUGUAAACCACCAUGGACAAUUAAUCCUUUUGGGUGCGGGCCUUAUUUCAAGUGAGGAUACAGAAUCAUUUGUAUGGUUAUUCAAAAGUUGGCUUGAUUGCAUGGAUGGAAAAGCGCCAAAUACUAUUAUUACAGAUCAAGAUCGUGCAAUGAAGAAUGCGAUCGCCAUUGUUUUUCCCAACACGCGACAUAGAUAUUGCUUGUGGCACAUAUUGAAAAAGGUCCCUGAGAAGCUUGAUUUCCAUAGUCAAUACCAAUUUGGCCUGAAAAGUAAGUUAUUAUCUUGUGUAUAUGACUCCCUUACUAUUGAGGAGUUUGAGAAUUCUUGGAACAUCCUCAAGGAUACAUUCAACUUGCAAGAAAAUGCAUGGUUGCAAAGUUUAUAUGCAGAGAGAGAGUUUUGGGUGCCUGUAUAUUUAAAGAACUCGUUCUGGGCCGGAAUGAGUACAACUCAGCGCAGUGAGAGCAUGAAUGCUUUCUUCGACGGCUAUGUGCAUGCCAGGACAAACCUUAAAGAGUUUCUUGAUCAGUUUGACAAUGCAUUGAAGAAAAAAAUUAAGAAUGAAAACCAAGCAGACUUUCAUUCUUUCAACUUCACCAUUCCUUGCAUAUCACAUUUGGCUCUUGAGAAGAAGUUUCAAAAUGUGUAUACAAAUGAAAAAUUUAGAGAGGUACAACAAGAGAUAAUGGGAAUGAUUUAUUGUCAUUGUCGUUUCGAGAAAAUGGAUGGAGUAAUCGCAACUUACUCGGUUGAUGAUGAAGUUAAGGCUGAAGAUUUCAUUAAGGAGGUUACUUAUACUGUUUUGUUUAAUGAGGCCAAGUGUGAGGGGAAGUGUCUUUGUGGGUUGUUUGAGAUGCGAGGGAUAAUAUGUAGACAUAUUCUUGCCAUCUUUUUAGCACGGAAAGUCUGUGAGUUGCCGGACAAGUUCAUAUUGGACCGAUGGAGAAAGGACAUAAAACGUAGAUAUACUAUUAUUCCGAGCAGUCAUGACAUUGCUGAUCAUAGGCCAGAAACUAUUAGGUAUAAACGUCUACUGAAGAUUUGUUAUGAGGUAAUAACAAAUGCUUGUACUGAAAAUGGGCAUACUGAGGAUAUGGUAUCAAAGUUGUAUGCGAUGAAUGAGGUAUACUGCACCUCGAAACCCCACAACAUAGAUUCCAAUGUUGGAGUAAGUACUGUGAAUGCAGCCACGGAAGGAAGUUCGAAAAAGAGGCGUGGAUUGGACAGCGAAUUAUUGGAAAGCAAUGGAAAUCCACUUUGUGGACAUCAAGAAAAUGCACAAACUCCUGUAAUGGUGGAUCAAGAAAGUAUGCAACUAGGGAUGGAUGGGACACAGCCAGAGACGACAGAUGGAACGCAGCCAAAUAGCAUGUUGUAG